AAACCACCCCACCCCACCCCACUCCACAAUUCUCCGCUUCCUCUUUAUAUAUCUGCCCCUUCUCCAUCAACCCUCUUCCACAAGAUUAUUUUUAUUAUUUUAAUUCUUUUGAGGUGAUGAUUAUUAGGGAUUUGAAGUAGCUAUUGGUGAAGAAGAAGAAGGAAUUGCAGAAAUUAAUUGAUCGAUCAUGAGUUGCAAUGGCUGUCGGGUCCUUCGAAAGGGCUGCAGCGAGACGUGUAUUUUGAGGCCGUGCUUGCAGUCGAUCGACACGGCGGAGGCGCAGGGCCACGCCACCGUCUUCGUCGCCAAAUUCUUCGGCCGCGCCGGCCUCAUGUCGUUCCUCUCCGCCGUGCCGGAGAAUCAGAGGCCUGCCGUUUUCCAGUCGCUGCUGUUCGAGGCCGCCGGACGGACGGUGAACCCAGUCAACGGCGCCGUCGGGCUUCUGUGGACCGGCAACUGGCGCGUCUGCCAGGCCGCCGUCGAGACCGUCCUCCGGGGCGGCGCGCUUAAGCCGAUCCCGGAGUUACUCGCCGGCGCGUCGGACGCGGACGCGGAAGCCGACGACGGGUCUGAGUGUACGGACAUGUUCAAGCUCCAGGACCUCCCCGGGCCCAAAUCGCUCCAAAAACGGCGGCGUUUCCCCGACGAGCCGGCUAAGGUGACGCAGCUAGCCGAUCUCGAUCUGAGCCUGAUGCCGGUCAAGAAAAGCCACCCUUUGCCCGCCGAGACGCCGCGUCUCGGCAGCCCGUCUAUGAAUUCUGAAGAAUCUCUUACCACAACUUGCCGGGAUCAGCCCGCCGGCGAAAUCAAGCUCCUAAAUUUGUUCAAUUAACUAAAUAAUUAUUCAGGUGAACAAAUCUGUAAAAAAUUAUAUAUAUAUAUGUAUAAUUCGCUACUACCAGCUUUAGCUUCUUCUUCUUCUUUCUUUUUUUUUUUUUUGAAAUUACAUUUUCCUGGAAGUGCAUUAUUCCAGGUAGUGAGGUUUUGUCAGUCAUUGGCACAAGAUUCCCCUAAUUUUUGUUCGAGAUUGAGAUUUAUGUGUAAGAACGAAACGAGGGGAAAAUGAAAGUUUUGCCAGUGAUUCUUUUUCGUUCAUUGUUCUUGAUCUUGAUCUUGAUCUCAUCGCCAUCAGAUCAUUUCUCGAUCUGUCUGUCUAAUCACUGUUGGACUUUGGAUAAUCCUAAUUUGCCCUUUGUAUUAA